GGUUGCCGGGUGAUUGGCAGGUCGGAGCCGGAGGGGUUGGGGCGGCCGCCCGGGGAUUCUCUCUCCGUGGCGUGGCGCCUCCCUGCGCCAGGGAGAUUGUUUUACCAAUAAAGUUUUAAUUUCUGUAGUCAUUCAGGCAAACAGCUGCGCGUCUGGGACCCUCCGUGGAUACGCGACACAUGUUCGUUUAACGUCAUCUUGGUUUAAUGACAAUUCAACUGCGUGGGGUUUCGACUUCGUUUUUUCUUCAGAAGCAAUUAAAUCCAUUCCCAUAUUUAUUUUAUACACUUUUGAUUUCUGAACAUAAGACAACUAAGCGUUCAUCAAGCUCAAUUAGAAAAGGAUGUAUAACAUAUAACAUUAUACGUAUGAAGUUCAUAAUUCCAUUCCCAUAUUUGUUAUAUACCCUUUUGAUUUCUAUAGCAUAAGACAAAUAAACGUUCUCUAAGCUCAGUAAAUAAAUAAGGUAUAUAACGUUAUGCGUUUUAUAUUUUCUAAUACUUUAUUUUCUAUCAGGCCAUGUGACGUAGUUCCCGAUUGAUUAUUGACCUUCACGAGGACUGGUAGUUUAAUCUGACGCGUGCAUGAUUUCAUUCGAACGCACAUGUCUGAAGACCUUGUUCACGACGUUAUGUGGUUUACGUAAAAUCUCCUGUAUUCCGCACUGUGGACGUACUUCUCGGAUCCGAAGCCGCAGGGAAAAAAAACUAUUGACGAAGAUACUUCGAAGUUACGGCCCGGACAGAAAAUGGCGGACAACACGUUAGAACACCUUGUCCUCAGGAGCUCCUCCGGGGUUUCUCUCAAUGACCGCUUCUCGAAGGUUUUUGAGGCCCCGGCCCCCGGUGAGGUGAAGCUUGAGCCCCUCGUGGACGACCCGUGCUUGGACGACGAGGUCCGGACUGUCCUGCUCAGGAAGAACGGACCGCAGCAACGGCCGACCAGAGUCGCCCCCCCCGGGGCCCAGCAAGGGGGGGGCCCCCAGCCCCGACUGCUGCUCACCCGGGGCCCCCGACGCCCCGGGGGGCUGGGGGCCCCCCUGGGCUCGGCGGCGCUGGAGGACCGGCUCCUGGGGGGGCGGCGGUGCCCCUGCGCCCUCUGGGGGCUGCGGCUGCUCAGCCGGCGGCACGGCUGGGCCGGGAAGGUGCUCGGGGCCCGACCGAUCCGGAGGGCCGGCUCCACCCCCAACCCACUGAGACGGCGCUGGCUAACCAUGGUAACCACGGGAACGACCAGCGUACCGGUCCAGACUAACGCCUGGACCAGCACCAACCUCUCGCCGGUCCGGACUAACGCCUGGCAACCCGCCCCCAAACAAGGCUGGAAGGCCCAGUUCAGGAGGAAGGUCCCCAGUAAGGAGGUGCUGGACCGGCAGCUGGACGACUACAUGUCCAAGUCCAAGAGGUACCUGGAUGCCCAGCUGGACGCCUACAUGGCCCAGGCCGGAGACCGGGACGCGGACGACGACGACAGGAAGCUGUACGACAGCGACUGCGCUGAGUAAACCCGGUCUGGGGGCGUGUCUUAGCUGGAGGUUUAUUUUAUAGAGCGCUUUAUGUUUUAACGUUGACCCAUUCAGUGUCUGUGUGGUUGUUUUGUCUUUUUACUCAGAGUCCAGUUUCACCAGCAGAUGUUUUUUAGUUGGCAGAUGUUUUAUGUCAAAUGUCGGGUUUGUGUCGUUGAUGUGUUGUGAUCUUCUCUGUGUUUAGGUUUAAUUAAAGGAGGCUGUGGCCCAAUCGAUUGAG